CAGAGUUUGGGCCAGCAGCGGUGGGCUGGGCUGAGAGUGAGAGACACCUCCAAACUCCAGAGUGAACUCACUCCAGUGUUCAGCAGCGGCUCACUUGUUUUGUCUUUCCCAGUAAGACAUGUAGGACAACAUUACAGCUGCGGGAAGUUUGUUCCAGCUGGAAACGAGGCUUACAGAGCUGCCGUGAAUCCCACGUGAGGGGCUGCUGGAAAGUGCACAGAAUAAGUGAGAAGUUCGAUCAUACGUGUCCGAAUAGAAGCCUGACGACAUGAGCUCCCAAGGCAACUUCGGCAGCAGCAUGCUGUUCCAGACCAUCAAUGAUGACCUGAACGCAUCCUUAGCCACAGCAGAUGAGCUGUCUCGUGAGUUUAGCGCUCUCCUGCAGGAGAUUUCUGUCCCUCCCCAAUGCUCUUCAGCACAGAGCUCCAGCUCCAAUCCCCAGGCCACCAUCAGCUCCAAUCCCCUGGCCACCACCAACACAUUCAGUGCCACCACCAGCAGCAGCAGCAGCGGCGGCAGCAGUGUUGGGGCCAGCAUGUCUGGCUCCUCUGGCACUGUGAGCAGCAGAGCCACCAUGUCUCUCCCCCAGACUUCAACCAUAACGAGGUCUACAGAGCCCAGCACUCGCUCAGUGGAUUCCACUAUCACCAGUGGCAGAAACCCACCCUUCCCCCCCAGCCCUCAGACACCCCAGGCCUACCCAUACACCUCUGCCCAGUCCUUCAAAGUCCAUGGGCAUCUGACCCCUCCCAACAUGUCCCCACACACUCAACGGCGGGCCUCACCUACCCCCGUGAGGUCACAUGAGCGGAGCAUGAGCGGAUCCUUCAGCUACUCUGAGCUCAAUCCUAUGCCCAGUCAAAAAUAUGACCACAUGUCAGCUCCGAAUAUGCUUCAAUUCCCAGCCAAUCCAGUGGCUGGAUAUGAAUCAUCCAGCACAGGGCGCAGGUCUCCAAGGAUUGACCGUGCCCCCUCUCCCAGUCCUUUAAGUCAACCAGCCGCAAACACGCUACCAAGGAACUUCAUACCCUUCAAACUUUCAGAUGAGGGCAUGCAGAGGCAGAAGAGUCCUUCUAAGUGGAAUGAAACAGACCUGGACGUUUCAUAUGAGAAAAAACCACACCACACGUAUGACAAGAACGAGUGGAUCCGGCCAUCCGUACCCAACAGCAACUGGAGAGAGUCCAACCUGGACUCACCCUCUACACCCAGAAAGGACCCUUUGCCCCGUCAUCUCCAACCAACUCAGGGCUCAUUGCCUAGAAACACCCGUAUCUCCGUGCCACCUGACCGUGCCUCACCUACACAGUCACCUUACGCCCCUCAGCCCAUCAUCUCCCGCAUCUCCAUCCCUCCCUCCGCCCCUCAGCUCCGCCAGCACAGGCCCAUCCCGCUCUCUGUCAUCAUGAGGCUCCAGAACCCCUACUACACUGCAUUCACCCACUAUCCUCACGGCCUCCUGGAGGGAGAGAUAGAUCUCGGCCUGCACCGCCAGCCUCUGCCGCCCCUGCCCCGAGACUUCAUGUAUCAAUUUCAGCCCCAGCCUUCUGAGCAGAGACAGCCUGCAUACUAUGGGGAAGUUCUUAGCUCAGCUGAUGUGGAUGCAGAGGUGGAGAGAUUAAACACAGUGAAGCCUCCUUCAGUCCUGGACGGUCCAGUGCCCUCUGCAGAUCAAAGCAAAGAGAUGAAGGUGGAAGGUAGCACAGAGGACCCUGAGCCACCUCGGCCCCUCAGCCCCACACGCCUUCAGCCUGUGGUGGCCCCAGAAGUCCCAGUAGUCCCUGAUCUGGAGGAGUUACUGCGGCUCCGGGCAGAAAUUCCCCGAGCCCUGAAGAAGCGCGGUUCUGUGGAUCAGUCACAUACGCUGAAGAAGCUGCCCAUCAUCCAGCCCAACCAGUACAAGCAGAUGAUUAAUAAACUGUUCCGCAGGAAGGGCCUCCAGCUGAAAGGCGAGACGGGGAGCGAGAGCAGCUCCUCUGAGGGGGAGGAGAGCAACUCACCACCUACACCAAGCCCACCACCACUAAUGAAUGCCAACAUAGCCCAGCCGAAGGGUCUUCACUCCAUCCUGCGGAAGUCCAACAAGGGGAUUGCUGGUAAGGCGCAGAUCCCCCGAGCCCGUCUCAGUCCGUUAGUGCUGCUACUGGACGGAGCGCUGGUUGGAGAGCUGGACACAGUGCAGAGAGCGGUGCAGGAGAUGAGCGACCCGAGUCAGUCAAACGAUGAAGGCAUCACUGCCCUCCAUAAUGCCAUUUGCGGGGGGCACUACGCUGUGGUAGAGUUCCUCGUGCGGAUCGGUGCCAACGUCAGCGCCCCAGACAGCCACGGCUGGACCCCCCUGCACUGCGCCGCCUCCUGUAAUGACCGGGCGCUGUGCGAGUUUCUGGUGCGUAACGGUGCUGCUGUUAUGGCCGUGACAGAGAGCGACGGAGCCACAGCGGCUCAGAAGUGUGACCCGUAUGCCCCGGGAUACGAAGAGUGUGAAAGCUUCCUCAGAGGAGUGGAGGAGGCCAUGGGGGUGGAGAACAGCGGGGUUUUAUACGCUCUUUGGAGUUACCCGGCGCAGGCUCCUGAUGAGCUGAGCUUCAAAGAAGGAGACAUGGUGACCAUCCUGCAGAAACCAGAGGGAGUGGACUGGUGGUGGGCUUCACUCUGCGGCAGAGAGGGAUUCAUCCCAAACAACUACUUCGGGCUUUUUCCAAAGGUGCGUCCCCGGUCACUCUGCUGAAGGACAGCGUCUUCUACAGGCCGAGCUCCUCCUACCACAUCACAACAGCUCUCAACCUACUGAAUCACUGAGAACUAAACAUUGACUAAUGUGUGGAUAAUCCAAGGACAUGUUUGUAGUAGUGUUUAAUGGAUUCUGGCUUUGAAGUGAUGUAGACUAUGUACUUUAUACGACACUAAAGACUUUUGUCUCUCAAUCCGUACCAUUGUAGGUCACCUGUAUCUGAAUUUGUACACUAACUUGCUCACUCCAGUAAUUUUUUAAUGGCAAUUUCAGCAACUUUCUUUCAUUUUAUGAACUCCCUCCUGCCAUGUUUAUGCGGCUGACUGACCAUCAGGUCUGGUUCAUUUAUUUGCGAAUCAGCAGUCAUAGUUUUGAAGUAUUGAUUUGAUAUAAAUAUCCAUUCAUGUACAUUUUAAGACCAGCCCUACUGUUGAGAUAGAACGUAUGAAGUUUCACAUUUGCAGUAUCCUCAUUAGAACUGAUUGACAUGAGAUUACAGCAAAUGUACAGCCUGUAUUACUGUGCCUUGUCCUCUCUGCUGGUUGGCUGUCUUGGCAGCUAACUUCUCAGUAUUGCUUUUGUGCAUCCUGAUUUAUUUCUGUUUGUGUAUGUUAUUAAAGGAGAAUUCCACCUAUUUUUCAAAUUUUGCAGAAUUAGAUGGUUAAGAUGUAAACAAAGUCAUUCGGAGUGGUUU